AGCUUGCUGAAAUUUGAACUCCCCAAGUCAAAGACGAGCCCUAACCACUUUUCUCUUCUUCGUCGUCUCCUUACUUCCAUCCUUCCAUCUUCCUCUUUCUCUUGCAAUCUUGUUUCCACUCGCCUUCAGAUUCAGUGAGGAGGCCUGAAGUUGGCUGUGGGGAGCUGAAUUCUUAUCCUGAAGGCUGAACUUAUUUUCUGCAGAUAAGAUGCACUUCCGGUCAUCAUCAUACCAAAAUGCAGGUAUUGAGCUGGUUUUUAUAUCUAAAUGGACACCAAGAAAUUCAUCCAAUUGGUUGAGGAGAAGAAGAAGAGAGCUUUGGAGAAGAAGGAAGCCCCAUUGAAAUGGGAACAAAGACUUGAAGCUGCUUCUAAGGCAGAGGCUGCUGAAGCCAAAGCAAGGAAGCUUAAAGCUGCCAAGCAUAAAAGAAGAUCAGUAUCAAAUUCUGAUACUGAUUCAGAAAGUGAUAGCCAUGAGCGAGGGAGGAAAGCAGGUAAGAGAACUCAUAAGAAACACAGGAGACAUAGCCACUCUGAUUCAGGUGAUAGUAAGAAGAAAGAAGGAAGAUCUAAGAAAAAGCUGAAACGACGUCGCUCAUCUCAUGAUGACAGCAGUGAUGAGUUUGAUGGGCACUCUGAUGAAGGUAGGAGGAAGAAGAGAAACCAUCGAAGACAUGCGCAUGACAAUUCAAGUUCUGAUGAAAGUUACUCUAGUUCUAGUGAUGAUGAUGUUGAGACAAGAAAAAGAUGUCGUUCCAGGCGUCACAGACAUCAUAGACAAAUUGGCUAUUCAUCAUCGGAUGAUUCUAGCCGUGAGAAUAAUAAUCGAAGGGAAAAGCGUGUAAGGCAUCGUCAACACGAGCGGUCCCAUCGAUCAUGUAGUAUCGAUUCAUUAGAUUGUAAUUACUGGAGGUGGGAUGCUAGAAGCCAGGCCUCAGGGAGGUUAUCUGAUGCUGAUCAUGAAGAUUCAGCAUUACAAUACAGGCACAAGAGUAGCCACCAUAACAAACACCGGCACCAUCACUCAGGGGCCAGUAGUUUGACCCAGAUCGAUGAAGAACAUGCUGACAAUGUCUCUGAUGGAAAUAACCGUGGUCGUGCUAAGGAUUCUCAUUAACCCCAAAUGCUACUAGAUGAGAUGAUGGGAGAUACUCCCUUUAUGAUGAUUCUUGCAGAUAUUGGUUGAUUGUUCCUAUGCAUGUUCGUUUCAUGUGAAUUGCUACUGUAUCAUUGUGAAGACUGUUCUUUCCUGUGAUUUAGGAUUAAUAUCUAUAUAUCACACUUUAUUCAGGCCACUUAACCUUUGGCUGUAAUUCUGCUGCUAUUAAAUUCUUAUAACUAAGACACUUUGCCUAAGUUCUAUUGGCCAAAGUUUGAUGGCCUUCUUGUGUUCA